GUAUGCAUAAGUUGAUCAUCAUUGGUGUGAUGCGAGUACAACUGUGAAUAUAACCAACCAACCACCCCUCCCCCUCCACCUACCCAAUCAACAGCUAAUAACAGCAAAAAGCAAACAAUGUUUUGCUUUUGCCGCAAGUUAUUGUUCAACGCGGUGGCACCUCGACUGGAAAACGUUUGGCUAAGAGCCAUGGCCUUUUCGAGACAUAGUCGUACGCACAUUCCGUUCACAAUGCCUAUAAUGAUGAUGAUGGUGAUGAUGAUGAUGAUGACGCUAAUCGCAUCCGGAAAUUGUCAUAUUUGUGGUCCGCCCGCAGUGCCUCUGAAUGCCAAAGUGCGCACAGUUUCGGCAGAGGCGACGGGCAUAUCUGAGGCACAUUAUACAUGUGAUGCUGGAUAUGAGCUGUUUGGCUCGCCAAAGAUUAAGUGCGAUGCGAGUGCGGGCUGGGAGCGGGAUCUGCCCUUUUGUGGCGUUAAUGUCGCCUACCGCAAACCGGUCAAUCAGAGCUCUUACACGCGCAGUGGUCCAGCCAGCUAUGCGAAUGAUGGCAAGCCGGGCAAUAAGAAUCCCGAUGGACAAGAGUGCUCGGAGACACAAAAGGAGCCAUCGCCGUGGUGGCGUGUGGAUCUCUUGACACCGCAGGCAGUCCAUGUGGUGCGCAUAACGACACGUGGAUGUUGCGGACAUCAGCCGCUGCAGGAUCUGGAAAUACGUGUGGGCAACAGCAGUGCGGAUCUGCAGCGCAAUCCGCUCUGUGCCUGGUAUCCGGGCACCCUCGACGAGGGCAUCGUGAAGACUUUCACCUGUGCGCGUCCGCUCGUUGGCCAAUAUGUGGCCAUUCAGCUGGUUGGCGUUGAGGGCAGUCUCAGCCUGUGCGAGGUGGAGACAUUCACCAACGAUGAGUUCUCCGUCGAUCGCUGCCUCAGUCCCAAAAUCGGUGUGGAUACGAUCGUAACGACAUUCUCCAAAACAUGCUACGAUUUCCAUACAACGAAAGGUGAAAGCUUUGAAAAAGCUCAAGCCAUUUGCAAGCAGACAGGUGGCAACUUGGUGCAUGAGUUUCGGGGCGCCACCAGCCAAUAUAUUCUAUCAGAAUUGGAACGUCGCAAGACGGAAUUGAAGCCGCAAUUAGUUUGGAUUGGCGCACAAAAAGAGCCCGGCAUCACAUCCCGCACUUGGAAGUGGGUAAAUGGUGAAGUUGUGCAGAAGCCCACCUGGGGUAAAGAUCAGCCGAAUAAUUACAAUGGCGAGCAGAAUUGCGUUGUCUUCGAUGGUGGACGCAAUUGGCUCUGGAAUGAUGUUGGCUGCAAUCUGGACUAUCUACAUUUCAUAUGCCAGCACUCGCCUUUGUCCUGCGGCUCACCGGAUGCGCAGCAAAACACAACUGUGCUGGGCAAGGUGUUCACAUUGGGUGAGAAAAUUCAAUAUGAUUGCCCAAAGGGACACACGCUGCUGGGCCACGCGGAGCGUGAGUGCCGAACGGAUGGCGUCUGGAGCGGAUCAGCGCCACGCUGUAAAUAUGUGGACUGUGGACCAUUGCCGGAAUUGAAAUUUGGUUCGAUACAUCUGUCCGAGGAGCGCACCAGCUAUGGCGUCGUGGCCACCUACAGCUGCCAUGAGAAUUACACACUAAUUGGCAAUGAGAAUCGUACGUGCAUGCAGGAUGGCUGGAAUGGCAAGCAGCCCGAAUGUUUGGUUGACUGGUGUCCAGAUCCACAGCGCAUAACCGGCGGCAAUGUGCGUUUCACGGACAAGCGCGCCGGAUCGACAGCCGUGUACGUGUGUGAUCCUGGCUAUGUGCUCGUGGGUGAGGCGAUCAUAUCGUGUGGACUGGGCGGUGAAUGGUCGAGCAAGACGCCAUCGUGCCGAUUUGUCGAUUGCGGUGCGCCCGCUCGACCAGAUCGGGGUAUAUCCAUACUAUUGAAUGGCACGACAACUGUCGAUUCUGUUGUUAAAUAUGAAUGCGAUGAGGACCACUGGUUGGACGGGCCGUCCGAGCUCUAUUGUACAAAGGAUGGCAAGUGGUCCGGAGAGGCGCCCGUCUGUGAGCUGGUUACAUGCGAAACGCCCCAAGUGCCCGCUGGCUCCUUUGUCAUUGGCUAUGAUUAUAAUGUGCACUCGAAAAUACAAUACAACUGUGAUCCGGGUCACAUAAUGCAUGGCAACACAGUGCUCGAAUGCUUGGAUACUGGCGACUGGAGCUCCGAUGCGCCCUACUGUGAAUAUGUCGACUGUGGAACCAUAUUGCCAAUACCGUAUGGCAGCAUCAAAUAUGUGACAAACACAACAUACGUCGACUCCGAGGUGGUCUUCAGCUGCACCCAAUCCCACAAGCUGAGUGGUGUGGUCAAACGCAAGUGCCUGGAAUCGGGCACCUGGAGCGAUGCCUUGCCCAAAUGUGAAGAAAUUCGCUGUCACGAACCGCAGUUGGCGGCGCACAGCUUCCUGUCCGUCACUGGCAACGACAGAAUGUACGGACGCACUUUAAUACGCACCUCCGAAUCCACACAGAAUACAGCCCAGACAUACAAAAUUGGUGCACUGGCGAAAUACCGUUGUGAGCGUGGCUACAAAAUGGUUGGCGAGGCCCUGGCAACCUGCGAGGAUAAUGGCCACUGGAGCGGUACCAUACCGGAGUGUGUCUAUGUGGAGUGUGGAGCGCCCGAAAAUAUCACCGAUGGUAAGGCGACCUUGGCUACCAAUGCCACAUACUAUGGAGCUGCUGUUCUUUACGAAUGCAAUGCCAAUUUCAAGCUGAAUGGCGUUUCGCGCCGCCUGUGCACAGAGCACGGCAACUGGAGUCAUGAGGCACCCAAAUGCGUUGAGGUUGUUUGCGAUUUGCCCAAUUUGACAGACAGUUUGAUUGUCGAGGGAGGCACUCGGGCUGUUGGUGCCGUCGCUAUAUUCACUUGUGCCAAGGGUCGCAUUCUGGUUGGCAAUGACACACGCGUCUGCCAAAAGAAUGGCAAAUGGGCGGGCAAGAGUCCAACAUGUCGACCUGUUGACUGCGGCCGGCCACUAGCGAUUGACAAUGGUCGUGUCAUCGUGGUCAAUGAUUCCACACUGUACGGUGGCUCGGCGGAAUAUCACUGCAUACCAAAUUACAAUCGGAUUGGCCAGUAUCUGCGUAAAUGCACCGAGGAAGGUGCUUGGAGUGGCAAGCAGCCGAAAUGUGAACUGGCCACCGUUGAGGGGCAAGAGAGUUCCGAAUUGGGUACUGGCGUUGCCAUUGGCGCCACUGUUAUUGUCGCGCUGCUGGUCAUCUUUGGGCUCAUAUUCUUGUAUCGCAACAAGGCGAGACCGGUGAAAAACACUGAGAACAUUCAGGCAGCCGAAACGAAGGAUGAACGCAAUGCCGCCGUAAUGUCGUAUUCAACGCUGGAGGCUAACAAUCGAAUGCAUAUGGACAACAAUCCGUCUGCAACAUUCAACACAUUCCAAGGUGGAGCAGCGCGCCGAGGAGCUAAUAACAAUAGCAGCACCAAUAACAACAAUAAUAACAACAACAACAUUAACUCUGCGGACGGUGAACGAAUGAAUAAUCGCUCGGAAAAUAUUUACGACCAAAUACCAAAUGAACAAUUUUACGAUGCACCCUACGAGAUGCGGACGAAUGAUGAAGUCUACGAGCCGGAGCCAGUGCCCAGUAAUGUGAUCACAAUCAAUGGCAUCUCAGUGCGAUGAAAAUAACCAUACAUACAUGCAUACAUACAUACGUACAUACAUAGAUGCGUAUGUAGUACUUGAAUAUGUGCAUUCAUAAAUGCAUCAUAGUAUCAUUAAUGUUAACUUGUGUUUAUAAAUUGUAUAUAGUAAUUUUAGAGAGGACGUGAAUUAUAUUCGUAGUUUCCGACGACAAUUAAUCGCCUAAUGUUCAUGUUAAACAUUAAUGUUUGUAUGUUCAUUGUACAUACAUACAUACAUACGAUGUAUACUUAAAUAGGCAUCUUACACGUACUGAUUUCUUGAACAACUCCUUUUAAAUUUAUAAAUAUAAAUAUAUACAACAUGGAAAAUAAGUCAAGCGGCAACUUAAAAAACAAAAACAAACAACAAACAAAACAAAACAAAAAUCAUAAACAAAUUAGAGCACGAUUUCCGUUCCAUGUUUCCUUAUAUAU